AGGAGGCGAAGGCGGAGCAGCGGGGCCGGCACGCAGCCGCCGCCGCGGCCCCCUUGCCGCCGCCCCGCUGCCCUCCCCUGCGACAGCCACAGCCGCGGCCGGGCCGCGGGUGUGAGGCGGCUGCGCAGGCCGGCCCGCCCGCCCGCCUGCUGGCCGGCCCCGCUCCUCAGGGGCCGGGGAGCUGCGCCAUAGUCUCUGCAGACGAGCGGGGCCGGCGCGGCGGGCCCCCGGGGCCGGGCGCUGCCAGCCGGACCAUGCCGUGCCGGGCGCUAUGCCUCUUCCUCCUCCUCCUCCUCCUCCUCCUUCUCGGCCCGGCCUGGGCCACGGCCGCAGCAUCUUCUAUCCAUUUACCAGCACCACAGAGUGUGAUGGUUUAUUCCUAUAACUUUCGUAGCUCAUUGAGGUGGUCUCCUGUUAAGGUGGAUAGAGGCCCGGUGUUAUAUACAGUCCAUUUUAAAACAGGGGCUUUUAACCAGUGGGAUGAGAUGAACUGCACCCAUAUUACCCAGACUGAAUGCAACUUCCCCCAGUUCCUUAAUGAACGGCGUUGGACUAUUAUUUUGCGUGUGAGGGCUGAGUUAGGACAAAUGGUUUCUGACUGGGUGGAAUCAGAUCCAUUUGUGGCAGAGAGAAACACUACUAUAGGACCCCCUAAAGUGAACAGUGUGAUUGUAAGCUCUGACUCACUUCUUGUUAGCGUUAUACCCCCUUUUGGAUCUGAACUAGGUGACUUUCUUCAGUAUCGUGUGUCCUACUGGGAGAACUCAACAAGUACUACUGAGAAAGAGACAAAGAUGAGCAAUACGCUGUUCAAAAUUAUGAAUCUAAAGGAGUUGACACUAUAUUGUUUUAAAGUUCAAGUAGAAUUCAUGAUAGAGCAAGAUGUCCAGAUACGUGGACUACAAAGUGUCCCAGAGUGUUACAGAACCACAGUCAGUGAGGCAACCAGAGCUGGAUAUAUUAUACUAAUAUUUCUGUUAACCUUAUUUCUUGUAAUUCUUGUAAUAGUUGGCUUGUUUCUUAUGUGGAGAUACCACAACACAAUUAAAUAUUGGUCUCAGCCACCUUUCAAAAUCCCAUCACACUUUGAAGAGUAUUUGAAAGAUCCCAGCAUGCCUGUUUUAGAGGCAUUGGAGAAUUGCACUGAGGAAGAUCCCUGUGAUUCCUUAUCUGUUGUGUGUAAUGGAGAAAAAAGCCAGGAAUGUGACAGCACUGCAGAGGGUAAAGCUCGUUCCCACAGCAGCUCCAGUGAAAGUGAACUAACUUAAGUGGCACUCACUCUGGUGAGACACCUGUACCCAGUCUUGCAGAGCCUCCUGCCAGUGAGUGGCACUCUCCAGCUACUGAUAGGACAACAAGCUAUGGACAAAGUGUUGACCUUGCCAAAUCUUGGGUGAGAUUUUGCUUCCUGAGAAUAUUGUGGAACCUCAGCCUUUGGUUAAAUGGUUUUUGCCAUACUACAGUAGCAACUGCAGUCUCCAGGAGAGAUUUAAAAGGCAGAACAUAAGGUGAAACAUAAAGGUGAAAUGAACACUAAAUAGCCAUAAGACAGACAGCUAUGAUGGAGACAGUUACAUUGACAUCAUCGUAAUAAAACUUUUUUCCAAAGUUGUAACAAAGCUUUGAGAAAUACGGCACUUUAUGGUAGGAUAUAAUACAGCCUGGGAUUUUUUGGUUGAGUGAAUAAUUGCACCAUGAAUUUUUUAUAGUGUCUUUUUUUUGGUUGCCUUAUUUGUGAAUUCUGUCCUAGUAUUCAAAGUGUGUUUUAUCUACCCCAGUAUCCUUUUUUGAAUCAUUUUAAGUACUUAGUCUUCUGUGGCUUCUACUUCUUCCCUCCAGAUAAAAAUGGCACUCUAAAAAGAAAUCUGACUGUACUUUACCUUCGUCAGAGUGAACCUGCACAAAGAACUCCCCCAAGAAAAGCACCGGAUAGUCCACUCCUCCCACCUCAACACAUGCCUCCUAAGGCAUUCAUAAGAAGCAUUAAUCUUUUGCUCCUGCAGGGAAACAAUGCUAUUCUUCAUGGCAAAAAUGAACUUUAAAAUACACUUUGCUCAGCAUUUAUAUGAAAUGUAUGAACAAUUAUCAGACACUAAAAUCUUUUGUUGGCAAUCAGACUAGUCCUAUGAAAGAAAAGUCAAACUUUUGUUUUGAGUCCCAUGAAGCAAAAGCAGAAGCAGUAAGACUUAAUUCAGUCUACACCACAUUUGGCUAAGGAAUGGAAGGGAAGGUGGAACCUUUCCACGUCCCAGUGGGGGUAUGGAAAACUUCUGCUAAUAAAAAUCAAAGAAAAUGAAUUUACUACUUUUACAUAAUAAUUGUUUUUAUUCCACUAACCAUGUUUGUUUAAAAAUGAAAUAAAAUAAUUAUGCUUAA